GCCAAAGCCCCACAUCGUUGCAGCUUCUUCCAACAUCAAGAUACACAUCAUGCGUUUCUCAAUCGUCCUUUCUGCGCUCCUCGCGCCCAUCGCUGUCUUCGCAGCCCCGGUCGAGUCCCGUACUGAGCACCUCGCAAUUGCCGAACGACAAGCCCAGCCUGUCAAACCAGUACCAUGCGUGCGCCGCCCGGCCACAACUGAAGCGGAAACGAAGACCCGGUCCGAGGCGUUUGCCCAAGCCUUCAUAUACAAAAAGGACAUUAGCGAGGCUUUCAAGUACAUUGUGAAAGACUACAUCAACCACAAUCCCGCUGCUCAGAAUGGAUCCGACUCCGCAUGGGGCAUUCUAUCGCCGAUCUGGGCAUCGCAGAACAUCACACCGCUAAGGACGACAUUCAAGUCUCCACAGAGCUGGUUGAACUACCGCACGGCUGCCUUUGGUGAGGUAGUCGAUAGAUUUCGAUGGGAGGGAGGGUGUAUUGUUGAACAUUGGGAUCAGGGUGAGAAGUAUCCAACGACCAAGGCGUGAAAAUCGUCAUGUGUGGGAUGGUAAAGGGACCUUGGAAUGAGUAGCGGAAGACACAUCGAUUCAGGAAUCUUAGAAAAAAUCUUCGUUAUGUAGCUUUCAUACUGAUAAGCGAUUCAUGAACUCCAUGUAAAACG